AAAAUCUCAGACGGUCAGACAGACAAAGUGAGAGGACAGACGAGUGUUAACAUGGUGCUGCUAACCACCAAGUUUGUCCAGAGAGCUUCACUCUUUGUGUCCUUCGGAGGUUUAGUCACUACUGUUAUUACAACCUUCCUGCCACUGUGGAAGACGAUGAACUCGGAUCUGAAUGAGAUGGAGAACUGGUAUGAAGGGCUCUGGCACAUGUGUAUCUACACAGAGGAAGUUGGCAUUCACUGCAAAGCCUUCGAGUCUUUUUUAGCCCUUCCACUAGACACUUUAGCUUCACGGGUUCUCAUGUGCAUUUCCAUUGCAACAGGAUUUCUUGGCGUGGCGGCUGCUUUUUUCGGACUCGAGGGUGUUGAGAUUGGCACCGGGCGGGAGAGGAUGAAAAGGACUCUACUCAUUCUCGGUGGACUGUUUAUCGUUGUGUCAGGGAUCACGACCCUCGCACCGGUUUCGCUAAUGGCAUACAUAAUGGUAGUGAAGUUCUGGGAUGAGAAUCUUCCAGAUGUGAUGCCCAGAUGGGAGUAUGGAGAGGCCAUGUUUUCUGCCUGGUUUGCUGGACUUCUGUUAGUUGUUGGAGGGGCUUUUCUUUUUGUUGCUGUCUGCAUGGGCGAUCACGAAGCAAAGCUGCAAAGUAAAAUUCUGCCUCGCAAUCUAGAACAAUGCUCGAGAACUCAGCAUUCCCGAAAAAUGGAAAUCAUAUAGUUUAGAUUUCAUCUUAAGACUGGAAAUAUUCAAGAACGCAACUCAGCAUUACAAAACAAACAUGCCAGACGGGAAAAUUUGGAAGCAUUUGGACAGAACUUUUUUUACACUUUCGGUUGACUUUCAAAGCCCAAUUUGGUAAAGA